AACCAACACCAUCACCCAACGCCCUCAAUUUGGGUGUAUUCCUUUUUGGUUUUGGGCGUCCGCUUAAAGAAACAGGAAGCUUUUGACACCCACAAAGCAAAAGUGGAAGCUAGAUUCCCAGUUUGUUCAUAUCAUUAAAGCCCCCUCUAAGCCCCCUCCAUUUCUGUUCAAAUUUCAAACCCAAAUCCCACUUCUUCUUACCUUUCGUUAUCUUCUUUCUUCUUCCCUUUUCAAUUUCUUGCUCUUUUUUUACCAAUGGAGACUCAGAAACCAAAAUCAGAGAAGUGGGUCAUUUUCUGAGAGAUCGAAUUCGCAGCGAUUGGUGAAGAUUAUAUUCAAAAACUCAAAAGGGGUUUCGAAAUGAGUACGGCUCGAUUCAUCAAGUGCGUUACUGUCGGAGAUGGGGCUGUCGGGAAGACUUGCAUGCUCAUUUCCUACACUAGCAACACCUUCCCAAGUGACUAUGUGCCGACGGUUUUUGAUAAUUUUAGUGCUAAUGUGGUGGUCGACGGCAGCACUGUGAGCUUGGGGCUUUGGGACACUGCUGGGCAGGAAGAUUACAACAGGCUGAGGCCUUUGAGUUAUAGAGGAGCAGAUGUGUUUCUGUUGGCAUUUUCUCUAAUCAGCAAAGCUAGCUAUGAAAAUAUCUCUAAGAAGUGGAUCCCGGAGCUGCGGCAUUAUGCCCCGACCGUGCCGAUUGUUCUUGUGGGAACUAAACUUGAUUUGAGGGAUGACAAACAAUAUCUGUCCAGCCAUCCUGGGGCUGUUCCGAUCACGACUGUGCAGGGUGAAGAACUGAAGAAGUCAAUUGGUGCUGCUGUUUAUAUAGAAUGCAGCUCCAAAACGCAGCAGAACGUGAAGAGUGUGUUUGAUGCUGCCAUCAAGGUCGUUCUACAGCCACCGAAACCGAAGAGAAAGCGACGAAAGGCCACAAAAUGUGUGUUUCUUUGAGCUGGGUUUCAUGUCAUUCAGUUUGUGUAGUGGAAGACAUGGACUUCUCUUUGAGCUGGUCUCAUUGUUGUUCUUGCUUCUUAUAUUAAUCUUCUCGUUUAAUAUGAAAGGGCUGAAGUUUUCAUUGUGAAA